CCUGACGUGAGUGACAUUCAAACUGUGUGCAUAACAAAUAAAAAACCAAAUCAAAUAGUCCGCAAUGGAUGCACAGGAAUACAAACUGCUCCAUGAAAAAUAUAUGCAAAAUAACAACGGAUCAACCAUUACUGACACAUUUGUUGCUAUUGUUCCGUCAUUCUUCACGACAUUCAUCACUGUCAACAUUUUAGUAGUUUCAAAACCAUUAGAACUACCGGCACAGUUCCUGGUCGAAUUUCUGCUAAACAUUUUUUUCGUGAUACUCAACGUAACUGUGCUACACGUAGAACUAUGGGAAAUCACCGGAUCACUGUUCGUGAUAGCAGCAAGUGCUACGGUCCGGCAGCUCUAUAAGCUAACGUAUCUUACUCCAUUCAUACAAAUCAGGACAAAAAGGCCGGGAUAUUUGGCAAUGACACGAUCGACAAUAAAUCUUUUGACGGCUAUUUGCAUACUGGCCGUGGAUUUUCGAUGUUUUCCGAGAUCGUUGGCCAAGACGGAAACAUUCGGAUUCGGUCUGAUGGACACAGGCGUCGGACUGUUCGUUUACAGUAAUGCGAUCAUUUCAAGUGAAAUCAAACCAAUCACACGACAAAAGUUAACGCUAAACAAACUGAAAGGUUUACUGGUACAGAACUCACCAUUGCUGGCGCUGGGCAUGAUGAGAUUUUUUGUUAUCAACGAACUGGACUAUCAACAACAUGUUUCGGAGUAUGGCGUGCACUGGAACUUCUUCUUGACAUUAGCAGCAACUAAAAUUGUUGGAACAAUCAUCUUGAGCAUCAUUUCCACUGCAGAGCAUAUCAAGUACGUAGCGAUUUUGCUGUUGGUCGUACAUGAAACGGCAUUACAACUGGGACUUUCCAACUACGUACUGAGCGACGUUCCACGAACUUCGUUUGUGGCAGCUAAUCGAGAAGGCCUGUUAUCAAUCAAUGGCUACGUGGCCCUGUACAUGGCAUCCAUUCUCGUUGGAUCAUUUCUGAAAACUGAUGCUACCGUCGUGAAUGCAAGAACUCUUUUCAAACAAGCCGGAAAGUUGGCAAUGUUUUCCAUAUUACUGUGGAAGUUAACCUAUUUGUGCCGUGAUAUGUUCGGAGUGUCUAGACGUCUCGCCAAUAUGGGCUAUGUUGUAUGGAUUUUAUCGAUUGGCACCACAAUGACCGCUCUGUAUAUGUUGCUCGAAAUAUUCUACCAUUACUUGGUAUUCCAUAAACCGGCAACGUCGGACGAAGAUACACCAGAAUCGAGGACGUGUGUGCCGGUAAUUCUACAGGCAAUCGAAUAUAAUGGGCUGGCCUUUUUCUUGGCUGCGAACAUUUUAACCGGAUUGAUUAAUAUGACUUUUCAAACUUUGCUUGUCGGCUGUGGCGGUGCUGUAUUUUUGUUAACUGUGUACAUGUUUGUGUUGGCAGCGAUCACAUUGUUUCUGUUUGUGAAUAAAAUUAAACUCAAGUUUUGGUAGA